ACACUAUUCAGAAAAUGCAGGUUUUAAAAGUUGGCGCACAACAGGUCAAGCGUUCUUCCUAGUGCACCAAGGCAGUUGCAAACACACAAAUUGACUCGAAUGAAACAAGCAGCAGAUACGCUGCUCAUUCCACCAGCGGUUUGAGGUCGACUCGCGGUUCUUGCGCUCAGUUGCCCAGCGUGCGGCAGGAGCCAGGAGCCAUGGGCCUUAAAGGAUAGCAGGGUGCACUGGUGCCAUAAGGAGAUGGACGAAGUUCGCUGCCUGGCGUGCUAUGACACGGAGGGGCAGCACGACCUGGUGGCCUGCGACGGCUGCGGCGCCGUGUUCCACUGGACCUGCAUCGAGGGGCCCACAGUGCCCAGACCAAGCAGCGCCGCCGCCGCGCCGCCACGGCCCGCGGCCGCCGCCGCCGCCGCCGCCGAGUACCCCGGCGCCCAGCCACAGCUGGUCAGCACACCCGCAUGCGACUGGUACUGCCCCGCCUGCCGCUGCAGCCGCUGCGGCGCCGGCUGCUGCCCGCCGCCCACCGCCGCUGAGGCGGCGGCGGCGUCAGCCGCCGCCGCUGGCGCGUCGCUGCCGCCGUCGGGUCGCGGCAAGGGCCUGGGCGGCGGCGGCGGCGGCGGGGGCGGCGUGUUGGUGUCGGCGCUGGAUGCGCUCGCUCGGGGGCACGGCAUGCCGGAGCCGCGCACGGGGCAGAAGCGCUGGGAUGCGGCGCAGUGGGCGUUGUGGCGGGCCAUGGUGCAGCGGGCUGUGGACUACCUGCUGCACAAGCAGCCGGGCGACCACGGGCCGGGCGCGGUGGCGGCUGCUACGGGGCUGACGUUGACUGCGGUGAAGCACCACGCCGCCUCCGCCCGCAGCGCCGAGGAGCUGGAGGCGCAGCUGGACAACCAGCUGGCACCCAACCCCGGCCGCACGGCGGCGGGCAAUGCGCUGCUGCGGUCGGUGCAGGCGGCGCUGUGGAAGCACGAGCCGUGGACGGGCCGGCGGCGCGCGCUGCGGCUGCUGGCGGCGCACUUGUACGACCACCACGCCAACCGCGCGCUGGCGGCGCCGCCGCCCGCCAAGCGCCCGCGGAUCACGGUGGCUCCGCCGGCGACGCCGGCGACGCCGCUCGCCACGCGCCUGCUCGCUAGCCUGAUGGGGGGCGCUAGGUCGCUUGAGGAGGGGGAUGGUUUGCUGGUUCUGGAGGCGGUUCUAAAGACGCUGUCGCCCACGGCGCUGUCGGGGGUCGACCUCGGGUCCCUAACGCUCCUGCGGCAACUGAGCGCGGCGCAGAGGCAGCAGCAGCAGGCGAGGACACAGGAGGGCGCGGCGACGGCAGCAGGAGCGGCCACGCCGGGUGCCGACCGCGGGCCCUGCCCAGCAGGCCCGUCCACACUCGGCCAGCCGCCGCACAGCAGCGGCGGCCCGGGUGUGGGCGGCGGGCCGGCAGGAGUGGCGACGGCGGCGGCGGGGGCCCCACAAGGGUCUGCCUUGCACCGUUUGGGGUCACAGUCCGAGCCCGACGUCGCGUCUGCAAUAGCGCACUUGGUGGCUCUCGUGCAGAAGAGCUCGCCGUCGCCUACACAGCGGCGGCAGCAGCAGCAGCAGGACGCGGGGCAGGGGGCGGGGACAGCGGCGGGAGGAGCAGCAGGCGCAGGGCCAGGGCCCGGAGGCGCCGUGCCUACCGCCGGGGCGGUCGGGAACGCGGGUGAGACGUUGGUGGAGCUUGCAUUGCGCUUGCAGCGCAAGCGGCGGCCAGUGGACGGCCCCAGUGACGUGGACGCGGAUGCAGGGCCGCCGGACGCGGCGGGGGACAGGCCGGAUCGCUCUCCACAAGACCGGGCCGCGCCAGCCAUGAACCCGCCCCUGGGCGGGCCACGGGGCGCGCAGCCGCACCCGCCGCCGCGCUCCGUUUCGCCUCCGCCCGUGUUGCCAGGUCGCGCCACGGCCGCUGACGGGAGGGCGCGGUCACGCACGGGCUCGCCUGAGCACCGGCCGCCGCCGCCGCCAGCGUCGGCGGCCACGCCGGGCCAGGAUGCGACAGCGGGAGCGGCGGCAGGCGGUGCUGCUGCUGCCGGCGGCGGCGCUGCUGUGGGAGGGGGCGGUGGCACUGAGCCUAAGGCGGUUCUGUCGGCAAUGGAGCGCUAUAGACUGAAGCAGCAGCAGCGCAAGGCCGCGGUGGGGUCGGUGUCGGCGACGGCGGUGACGCCGGGUCCGGCUGCGGCCACACCAGCCGCAGCUUCUGCUGCUGUGGCACCAGCGGCGGCGGCAGCGGCCGGACCGUCUGCGGCGGGCGGCGCUGCGGCCCCGGCGGGGCUGGCUUCACGAUUGCUACUAGCGAGCAAACGGAACAAGCCCAGCCGCACCACCACGGUCAACCUGCCGGUGUUGAGCCAGCUCUACGACGACGGAGACGCCAAUGCGCCCGGCGACGUGGCUGGCAGCCAGGUGCUGGCUGGGCCGGGGCCGGGCACAGACGUGGGCGGUACUCAGACGUCUGGUGACGCCGCCACUGGCACACCGCAGCAGCCGCAGACGCAGACGCAGACGCAGACGCAGACGCAGACGCAGACGCAGACCUUUGAAGCAUCCACCGGGGCUGCUGAGGGCGGCGCGCCGACACGGGAGCGAGGGCCCCCAGCGCAGCUGCCGACUGCGAACGGCGUGUCGGCGGCAGCGCGCCCGGGCUCGCCAUUCCACGCGGCGCAGCGGGCUGGCGCCAGCGGCAGCAGCAGCAGCGGUGGCACCGACGGCGGCGCUGCUCGUGCCAGCCCGCCGGCCGUUGAGGUCAGCCCUGAUGACGUGGUGUACUGCGUGUGCUGCGGCCGGCCAGUGCAUGUGGCCUGCCUCUCCGACGACGAGCGGCAGCAGGUGCUGCUGCCGCCGCCGCCGUCGCCGCCCUCGCCGCCCCGGCAUCCGCCCGCGCAGACCGCCGCGCCGGUGCGCUCCCGCUUCGGCGAGCUGAUGCAGCCGGAGGCGGUGAAGGGCGGGUUCCGGUGCAGCGCCGAAUGCAACAAGCUGGUGGGAGAGCUGCAGAAGCGCUGCAACAUGGGCGUGAGGCCGGUGCAGACGGCUCACUCCAGCGCCUGCGUGGGAGCCAGCCUGAUGGACAUGAACCUGGAGUGGCAGUGGCUAGAAGUGUGGCCCAGUCUGGAGACGGGGCCGCCUGACAGCGCAGACACGGCAGGAGCAGGGGGCAAAGGAACAGGCGAAGGGGCAGGCGGGGAGGGUGCAGCGGGAGGAGCGGGAGGUGGUGGUUGCGGUGGCGGUGGCGGCAGCAACGCAGCGGGCGCACUCCUGGCGCGCGCCAUGGCGGCCGCGGCGGCGGAUGGCGACAGACCGCCCCCGAAUGCCGAGGCGACGGCGCGCAUCCUCGCCGACAUCAACGCCUGCCUGAACCCCACCGGCAGCGGCGAGCACACCACCACAGACAACAACUCGGACCGCCGCCACCACCAUCCCAACCACCACCAUCCCAACCACCACCAUCCCAACCACCACCAGCUGCAUCUGACGGGCGGCGAGGAUCGCGGCGCCGGCGGCAGCAACGGCAGCGGCAGCACCGGCGGCGUGCCGCCCGGCUCUGCAGCGGUGCAGGCCCUGGCGGCCGCUACAGCUGGGGUGAGCAGCCAGUUCCAGGCACUCGACGUGAGCGAGUGGCUGUCAGAGGACGGCUUCGUGGGUGGAUUGCCCUGGGUGCCGCCGCCGCAAUUGGGCGGGACCGAGCGCGGCGCAGCAGCCGUGGCGGCGGCGCUCGCCAGGGCCGCUGGCGGCGGCGCCGGAGGCGCCGCAACGGCGGCCGCCACCGCGCCGGGCGUGGUGCCGCCGGACGGCCUUGCAGCGGCGCCCGGCGGCGUGGCGGCGGCGUCGGGGAGCGCGCGGAGUGUGUGGCCCUGGUGCAUGCAGCGCGCGGCGGUGCUGUGGGUGGACGGGCGUGUGGGCGCGCUGAUGCUGGUGCAGCUGUACGGCCCCAGCCUGGCCAUGCUGCACGUGCCGUCCGUGCACCCGCGCCACCGCGGCGUGGACCUGGCUCCGGCGCUGCUCGCCUCCGCCGAGGCCUCCCUCGCCGCCGCCGGCGUCGGCCACGCGCUGCUGGCACUGGCGCCCGCCGCCGCGCAUGACCUCGCCCUGCGCCGCAGCGACCUGCUGCCCAAGCGCCGCGGCCGCCCCGCGCGCCUCAUGCCCAACGAGGCGGCGGCACGCGCCGGCGCCAGCAUCACCUUCGCCGCCGCCACCUGGCUCUAUCGGCUGGGCUACAAGGCGGCGGGGCGCGACGUGGUGGCGGCGCGGGCCACAUUCCGGUUGGCGCUGCCGCCGCCGGCGCCGCUGCUGGCGAACGUGGACCCGCGUGCCGCGCCCGGCGGCAGCAGCAGCACCAGCGAGCCCACCUACCCCAUCGCCACGUGCCCCGUGGGCCACGUGCUGUUCGCCAAGGCGCUGAUGCCGCCGCCGCCGCGCAUGCGCGUGCGCCUGAGCGGCGCCGCUGCCGUGGCGGCGGCCGGCGGCGGCGGCGCCGCCGGCGGCGGCACGCUACUGCCUGCGGACCUGCCGCCAUCGCACCCCUACCACACUUGCCCGCACGUGAUGCUGCUGCCCUCGGGCGACGUGGUGGAGGAGGGCGGCAACGGCCCGGGCGCCGGCGGACUGCCGCCUGCGACGACCGGGCGCGGCCGGGGGCGGGGCCGGGGGAGAGGGCGCGGCCGCGGCCGGGGCCGGGGCCGCUACGUCGCCACGCACUACAACUCCAGCAGCACCGAGUCGGACGACGGCGACGAAGACAUGGACGGCGGCGAGGGGCCGGGCGGGGGAUCGUCGCUGCCGCCGCGGCUAGGCUUCGUCGGCCGCGGCAAGGGCAUCUAUCUGUACGGCCCCAACGGCCCGCCGGGGAUGCGCUACGCCUCCAGUCCUGCUCGCGUGCCGCCGGCAGCAGGCGGUGGUGCCGGAGGCGGAGGUGGAGGCCAGACGCUCAGCGGCACGACUGUCAGCAUCAGCCACAGCCGUGGCGGCGGCGGCGGGGGUGGCGGCAAUGGAGGUGAGGUCAUGGGCGGUAGCGGCGCCGGCGCCGGCGCCGCCAACAUGGCCGCAGCGGGGACGGGCGGUCACGCCACCGCCACGGGCCCAGCUACCGUGACCAUGCUCGCCGCGCCGAUGGCGGUCAUGGGAGUGACCGGUGCUGUUGGCACGGCCGCGGCGGCGGCGGGCAUUGGCGGCCAGGCGACGCCGGCGCUGACAGACUCAGCGGCGGCGCUGGCCCUGCCGGUGCCCACCAUGAGCGAUAACCUGCUCAUUGAUUCAUUCGGUGGGGGCGCCGCCGGCCUGCACGAUUUAAAUGUGGCGGAUUCCUACGGUACCUCGUUCGGUGGUUUUGGAUCUGACUUUGCUUCCAUCAUGAAGGAUCCGGUGGUUGCCGACGCCGGCGGCGCCACCAGCCUGUCAGCGGGCCACGGCGGCGCGGGGCCGUUGACGUCGCACGAUGUGCACACGGGCCUCCUGGGCUCGACGGCUGGAGCGCUCGCGCCAGGUGCCGCCGCAGCUGCCGGCGCUGCGCCUGUGCCAGGGCCACUGGUGGGGAUGGCACAGGCCCAGCAUAUGCAAUCGCAUCAGCACCAGCACCACCAUCCGCACCAGCAUCAGCCGCAUGGGGCGACACACGUACCGCAGGGCACUAGCCACCUGGCGCCACGGCCCGUGCAGCACACGACGGUGCCGCAGCAGACGGCGCAGCCGCCGCCGCCGCCCAUGGCGCUUCGCCUGCCGUCGUUGGCGACUGCUGCGGUGCACGAGGCUCGCCCGGGCGCCGGCCCUGCCUCCGGGGACCUGCUUGCCAGUAGCGCGGUACGCGAGGCAUUGUAUGAUAUGGCACUGGAGGAGGCCCAUCGACCGAACCCGUCAGCGGCAGGCGGGCCGCCGCCGCUACCGCCGCGGCCAGCCGCGGCAGCGGCAGCCCCGGCAGCGCCCACGCGCAUUCGCCUAGUUUCGAAUGGAGGCCGCAGCCUGGCGGGCGGCGCCGCGAGGGAGCAGGAGCACGGUCAGGAGCGGCAGGCACCGGAGCAGCCAGACCCCACCCUACGUGCCCAGGCACUGGCGGUGAUUGCGCAGGCGGGCGCCGCAGCGGCGUUGGCCGCGGCUGCCGCCGCCAUGCCUGAUGCUGGCAUCCCAACAGUGCAUAGGGCAGCGGCGCCGGCGACGCAGGGCCGCGUGGCACCGCCAGAGUCCGCUGCAGCCGCAGCCGCAGCUGCGGCAGCGGCAGCGGCCCUGCACGCAGACGUCGCAAUGCAGAGCGCUCGGAUGGCGACGCCGCCGUACGCAGCGGGCGGCGGCAGUGGCUCAACGGGCAGCGUUGGGGCCCGCACGCCUCAGCUGCCGCCGCCAGCAGAUGCGUUCGUGGGCGCCGCGGCCGCGGCAGCGACGCCAGCUGCUGCUGCCGCGGUGGCGGCGCCGCAAACGGGGCAACGUAGCGCCACAGCUCCUGCCGAUGGCACGGCUGUAGCUGCGGGCUUGGCGGCUGCUAAUGGUGUAAUGCACGCGCCGGGCACGGCGCGCGCCAGUGUCGCGCCUGCCAGCUCCAUCGUGGUGGGGCAAGGGCAGAGCGGCGCCGAGCGGGAAGCCGCCGCCCUGCACCGCACGGGGUCCACAGCAGGAACGGACACUGCAGCGGACCUGGCGCCACAAAUUUGUCUAUUUGCAUCGGUGGCACCCGUGGCCGGUCCUGCUGCCGCUGCAUGCGCAGUAGCAGACGCCGACGCAAGCCCGUUUCCAACGCGAACUCCGCCGGAUGCGUCAACGCAGGCUCCGCCGCCGCCGCAGCCGCCGCAAGGGCAGAGCGCACCUGCGGCUGCGCCGCCCCCUGCCGUGACCGCCGCCGCACACAGCGACCUAGCGCACCCGUUCGGUGCGGCGGGGAUGCACGACACAGGGCCCACACCCGGGGCAGCUGCCGCUCCAGCUGCUUCGGAUGCUGUGGCGCGGCAGCCGCCGCUGCCGUCGCCGGUGCUUACAGCAGCACCAGCUUCGGCAACGCCACACACAGCAGCACCGCAGGAGCCAGCACCACUUCCGGCCGCCUCGCAUGCACGGGCUGGCGCCGUCGCUGCCGCAUUGGCAGCCGAGGCUGCCACACCCAUGGCAAGCCCCCGCAAGCGUGCAACCGCGGCCGCUGCAGCCGCUGCUGCUGCGGCCGCUGCAGCGGCUGCCGCUGCCGCUGCCCCGUCACCAGCACCUCCUCAUGCGCAUGCCGCAGCGCCUGCCUCUCCCUUACAAGCACGUAUGUCGCCACACACGUCUGCGGCUGCCGGUCACACGCGGCGCGCGCCCGCAGCUGCAGCCGCCGCCACCGCCGCCACGGCCACACCUGCUCUGGCGGCAGGCCACUCAGCUACACGCGAGUCCCGCCAUGGCAAUGCCGCCAGCCACCAUGACACGGGCGCCCCCGCCACAGCUGUCCCCCGGCCAGCGCCAUCCCAACUGCUUGGCAGCUUCGGCACAGGCGGCGGCGGCGGCCGCAGCAGCAGCCGUCGUAGCGGCAAGCCGAGCCGCUGGGGAGCGGAGAAGUCGGAGGCAGAGUUGGCGGCGGAGCUGGCGGCAGCGCACGCCCGGGAGGGUGGGGAGGCCGCAGCUGCGGGCCAGGACGGCGGGCAGGCUGCCGACACUGGCACGCCGCGCAGACGGCAUCACCGGCACCACUCCAGCCAUCAGUCCAGCCACCGGCACUCGCAGCCGCAGCAUACACCGCAGCAGCAGCAGCUGCAGCCGCUGCAAGAGCUGCAGGCGGCCCCGAUGCCGCCUGUACCGCAGCACCUGCAGCGACAGGCCGCGCCGCACGCCCAGCCUCAAGCCCGCCAUCUGGAGCACCAGCCCCACGACGACGAGCAAUACCGGCCACCGUAUCCGCACCUACAGGACCAACAGCAGCCGCAACAGCAGCCGCAACACCAGCCGCAACAGCAAAGACGGGCUGCGGCGCAGCGGCCGCCUUGGCAUGAAGGCCCGCCGGGCCCGGCAGCCUACGCACAGCCGCCGGCGCCGCACGCGUCGUACGCAUCGGGCCCGUCACUCAGCUACUACGCAGCUGGCGCGGGCGCGCCGUCACAGCUCACAAUGUCGGUGCCGGACGCGACCUCCAGCGGUAGCAUCCUGGAGGGCAAACCGGGCGGCCAGGUGCGGUUUCGGCGGAAGCCCCAAGUGCUGCACGACGGCUCUUUGCCGCUGGUUGCCGAUGUCGGCACGGAGGAGGAGGAGCAGGACGGGGCAGCGGAUGGCUAUGAGGGCAUGGACCCACAUCAUCAUCAUCAUCAGCAGCAGCAGCAGCAGCAGCAGCAGCAGCAGCACUCUCGGCCAGGGGAUGGCGGCGUGUGGCCCGCGCCGGGCCGCCCGCUGCAGCCGCCACGGCAAGAGCAGUGGCUGGGCGCAGCCGGCGGUGCCGGAGGCGGCUGGCACUGGCAGCGGCCGCACGACGCAGAGGCCGAGGCCGAGCAGCAGCAGGCCGAGGAGGAGGCGGAGGAGUACGGCGGCGAUGCCAGGUAUCCGGGGCAGCAGUGGCACACAUGGGGUGCGCAGCACCCGCAGCCACCGGCGGUGCCGCAGCGGCGGGUACUUGCAGAAGCAGCCGGCGCCGACCAGCCAUAUGCCCACGCCGCCCCAGGCGACACCUGGGGCCGGCCGGCUGCGGCGGGCGCACGCACGCAGCGCCGCCGCGCCCUCACCCCCUUGCCAAGUGUGCUGGACGAGGUGACGGACCGGUUGGCACACACCGACACAGAGGCUGACCCCGGCGUCCGGCCGGGCCGCUGCCACUCCGGCAGCCUUGGUGGCGGCGCGGAGAUGGGAUAUGUGUCGGAAGGCGGUGCGGGCCCGCUGCGCCGCCGACCGCCGCUGCAGCAGCAGCAGUGCGCGUCCUUCGUUCCGCCGCACCUGGCCCGGUGGCCUGCCGCAGCCGCCGGCGAUGCGCCGUACCAGGACGGCGACGAGGAGGCGGAAGCAGCGGCCUGGGGCAGGCGGGCGCGGCGGAGCCAGCCGCCGGGAUGGGCUGGCUCAGAUGAGGGCCCAGGCUCUGCCGAGGGCGCCCGCGGGCGACGGCGUAGCGAGGACGAUGACGGCUACGGCGAUGAUGAGUUCUGGGGCCGGCACGGCGGCGCCGCGCUGCCGCCGCCACACUUCAUGCCGCGCCAGGCGCCUGCAGGCUCCCGGCGGUCACGGGCGCAACAGCAGCAACAUGGGGAGGAUGCGGAUGCUUAUGCCUGUGCUGAUGGGUACCACGGCCGAGCGCCGCCACGGCAGUCUGGCCCGCCGCGCGUGUGGCCUGCCGGCCCCGAGCUCUUGGCGCUGCCGCCGCACAUGCGCCGGCCGCGUCAGGCGCUGCCUGCCCAUGACGCCUACGACCAGAGCGAGCGGCUACUGCGCGGCCCUGCUGAUGCGACUGCUGAUGCGAGGCUACCAGCGCGCCAGCGCGCCGGCGGCGCUUGGGACCCCCACGGCAGCGACUGGGAGGGCGGCGACGCAGACGGCGAGAGCGACUACGACGCAGCCGCCAGACUGCCGCGGCGACGGCCCCGGGGGCCGCCGGCUAGCUUUGGGCCGGGGCUCGGGCCGGAGUAUGAUGAUGUGGAGGCCGAGGACGGGUUGUCGCCGCCACGUCGCCGCGCCCCGCCGCGGGGCCGCCGCGUUCGCGACAGCGAUUGGGAGCAUGAUGCGGACCGUCCCGAGGAAGAGGGGCAUGAGGGCGGCUGGGGUGCCGCGCGCUGGCGUGGCGGACGCCCGGUCGGCGGUGCGCCUGGCGUGCAGAGGCCGCCGCCGGAGUGGGCGGAUACUGAGCGGCCGCCGCACUGGGGUCCGCCCAGCAGUCGGGGAGGUGGAGGUAGAGACAGCGAGCAAGGUGGUGCGCUGCGGCCGCCGUGGCACGCGGGUCCACCGCACGCGCGUGGGGGUGGCGCGCCGCUGGCACACUGCUCGCCGCCGCCUUGGCUGCGUGGCGGCGCCGCCGAAGCCGCCGACAGGCAGUAUGGCGGGCUGCCGCCUGGGUCCGCCGGCCGCAAGCCGGGAGCCUGGCGCGGCGAGGCAGCCAUGGACGGCUACGGCCGUCCACCACCACAGCAGCAGCACGGCACUGCGCAGGGCGAGUGGGAAGGGGCCGAGCGUGGCGGUUACAUGUCGGCCGGCCACGCCGACGGCCGGCCAGGCAGGCCGCCGCCCGCAUGGGGCCAUGUGUGGCCAACGCAUGGGCCGCAGGCUGCCGAGGAGGAAAAUGGCUACGGCCCUCGAAGCGCCGCCCCAGCACCCGGGUUGAGGGGCCCUCACAGUCAGCCCAGCCCGGGCUCAGGGCUUGCAGAUGCGCCGUCGUCGGGUCAUCGCGGCCAGCCGCCGCCCUCUGCGUCGGUUGCGUCGUUCCGGCAUCCGCCCCAGCACUCGCGCCACGAGCACAGCCAUUACAGCCAGGACCACCCACCCCACGCCCUUCCGCUCUCACAGCAGGCGCAGCCACUUCAACCACGCCUGCAGCCACACACGGGCCAGGGCCAGUCCCAGAUGCACUCGGGCCAACUGCACGACGGUGCACCGCCGCCCGCAGCAUCGAAGCCCACUGCCAGCGCCGCAGUCGGUGUCACAGCCGGCAGUGCGCCUGCGGCUCCCCACGAAGAGGAACAGAACUGGCAGUUACCGCCGCGACGCCGCCGGCCUCUGCAGCCGGAGCUGCAUGCGCAAGCAGCUGCGCCUGCGCCGUCGGCGGCUGCAGCGGCCGCAGUAGUGGCUGCGGCACCGGCAGGCGCUAGUGAAGGCGCCGCUACAGAUCGUGACGGCCGCAAGCAACCAACAGGCAAGCGUGGCCGCAGUCGCAAGCGGCGCGAGCGGGACCGCUCUCGGUCACGGUCACGGUCGAGGUCUUGCGGGUCACUACGCUCCAAGUCCUCAUCCCGGUCUCGAUCCAACAGCCGCUCCCGCUCGCGAUCCGGAACGCCCUCCGGCUCACGCCGCAGCCGCAGCGCGUCUGGAUCCCGGUCCCGCAGCCGCAGCCGCAGCGGGUCGGAAUCCUCACGCUCGCGAUCCAGAUCUCGAUCCAGGUCACGGAGCAGUGGAUCCCGGUCCACGCGCACGCGCUCGCGGUCACGGUCCCAGUCGAGAUCCAGGUCUCGAUCCAGGUCUCGAUCGCGAUCGCGAUCCCCGUCCGUGCCGCGCUCGCCGCCGCCGGAGGAAGCCAACCCACCCGCCAGGCUCCUCGCCGCCAUGGAUGCGGCAGGCGGCGGCGGCGGUGGUGGCGGCGGCGCUGCAGGAGCAGGUGUCGACGGCGCCGCCAACGGCCUGCCGCGCAGGCCGCGCCGGUCCGGCUCGCGUGAACGCAUCCCGCCCAUCCAGUCGCAACCACGGCCGCAAGACAAUGAACUGGUUGCGCGCGGCGGCGGCGGUGGCAGCGGCGCCUUCGCCAAUGGCGGCGGCGGCGGCUGGUCGGCGCAGAAGCGCGGCCGGGACUGGGAUUCUGGCGGCACCUUCGGCCAAUACCAGCGGCAGCAAGGAGCGUACGCUAGCGGUGGCAGCGAGGGACCAAUGCGCGACGGCAGCGGCCCCGGACUCAACAGCUCCGAGCAGCAGCGCGGCUACUACGGCCCGCGCGGUGGCGGUGGCGGUGGCGGCGGCUGUGGUCGCGGCAAUGGCGACGCUGGGGGUGCUGGCGGGGGCUGUGGUGGCGGCAGCUGGCAGAGCUACCCGAACGGGCGACAGCAGCAAACUGCCAGCGGCUGGCGCAGCGGUGCCGAUGGCGGUGGUGGUGGCGGCUGGGCCGGUGGUGCUCAAGCCGACCACUAUGGAGGCGGCGAGGACUGGCGUCAGCAGCAGGGCGGCGCCCCUGGCGGCCCCGGUGGCGGCGGCGGUCCUAACGCGCGCGACAACAAGCGGAUGCGGCUGUCAGGCGCCCAGGCGGACGCCCCUCCCUACCUUGGCGCGAACGGCAACGGCAGCGGGCUGGACGUGUUCGGCAGCCUGGCAGGCUCUAUGCCGAGUCUGUCAGUGGCACACAGCCGGCUAAGGCACGGCGCAGCAGCCGCAGGUGCUGGCGGCGCAGCCAGUGCUGCCGCCGCCGCGCCGGCGGGCCCCAUGCCUGACAUGCCGCCAGUAGUGCGUGGCAGUGGCGGCGCGCCGCCGACCGCCGCCGAGGCCGCCGCCGCCAUGGCCUCGCUCACAGGGCCCGGCAGCGCAUCUGGCCGGGCUAUGGGCAUGGGCUCAAUGGGCCGUGCCCUUGUGCCCGGGGGGAUUGGGGCGCCGGGCGGCGCUGCCCCUGCCGCUUCUGCUGCCGCUCACCCGGCGGCUGGCAUGGUGGCGGCGAUGGGUGCUACAACCGCCACCGCUGCUGCAGCCCCAGCCGUCGCUGCGGCUGCAGCUGUUGCGGCUGCAGCUGCGGCCGAGCACCCGCUGGGGGCGAUGGUGCCGCAGGACCCGAACGUGAUCUGGGACCUGGCGUGCCUUGGCAUGGCCACAUUGCGGGGCGGCGGCAACCCGUUGCUUGCUGGCGCCGGCGGCGGCCUACCCGCCGCACUGGCGGCCCUGCAGCAGCAGCAGCAGCGAGGCGUAGCGGCGCAGCAGGCGGCGCAGCACCAGCAGGCGGCGGCGCAGCAGGCGCAGUACUACCAGGCAGCUGCGGCCGCCGCUGCCAUGCAGCGCCACCCGGGGCAGCCGCACCCGCACACGGCUGCCGCGGCCGCCGCGUUUGUACGGGGCGCGGCGGCCGCUGUCGGGUACGGCGCGCCUGGGCUGUACCCAGGGUACGGCCCUGCCGGGUACGGCGUCGGCGGCUACGUUUACCCUGCGGAUGGUGGCGCGGCCGGCGGCGACUGGGCGGGCGGUCCUGGACAAGGCUGGGGCGGCGGUGGCGGUCGUGGCUGGGGCGGCGGUGGCGGGCAAGGCGGCAUGGGCGCGCACGUGUGGGGCGGGGCUGGUGGCGGUGGGGCUUCGGGCCGCGGCCGUGGAGGCGGCGAGUUCUCAGGUCGGCGUGGCAGCGCUGGCGCACUGGAGGGCGGCGGCUGGGGCGGUGGCGGCGGCAGCCGGCACGGUGGGCACUUCGGAAGCCGCGGCGGCGGCGGCGCGGGCCGCGGCGGCAGUCGAUCCAUGGGCGCACUGGUGGAGGGGCACGCAGCUGGUCCCGCUGCGUCAACGGUCGCGGGCGGCGCGGCGCGGGCUACUCGGGCCGUGUCGGCGCCUGCGCCGCCGCCCGGCGCGUCUCAGCAUAUUGCUGGUGUCGCGCUGCAAUGAGGGGCGAUGGCAGGCUCAGGUUCGGCGCCGUGUCUGGGCGCUGUGGCCACGGCUUUGUCGCGGGCAACGCAGUUCAUAACAAUGGCUGCAUUGGGUUGUUUCGGUUUGUCUGCCAGGCUGGGUCCAAAACCGAUCGACCCAGUGUUGGCGUAAUCACUGAGACUGCGGAGGGGCACCACACUCUGUCGCUAUGAAGCUGCAUUUACUACCAUGAUAACUGAAUAGCGAAACAUAUAGCGAAUCGUUUGUCUGCGAGUGCUGGUGAUUAGCGGGAUGCGGGGGAGAUGGCGCGCUUGGAGGAUCUGUCCUGGAUGCGCAUUGGCAGCAAGGGGGUACUAUGCCCUUGCAGUGGCGAGAAGGCAAGUACGUUUGACGCGCGCGGUGCGCGCGGCAAGGUGGACUGUGAUGCGCGUUGCCGAUAUAGCGUGCGUGCGGCGCACGUGUUAGGGGUAGUUGUGAUUGGGUUGAAGUGGCGGUACCCUGUGAAUGAGAUGCAGUUCAUGCCCGACUUGUGGGCUGGGGAAUGAGCUGGCGGGCUGAGUACCUUUGUAUGCGCAUAAGUGCGCGAUGCUACGAAGAAGUGUUGAAUCGACGCUGUAAUAACGCUGGCCUGCGACGGGGAGGCCAGUCCGAAAGGGCGGACAGCGUGUCAAAAGCGUGUCGGCCAGGGGCACUCGAUAACGCACAACUA